AUGACUUCAAUCAUGGACGAGUACGAUCAAGUCCCCGGUGCUCUAGAGGACGUCUCUAACGUCCACAACUCUGACUAUUAUCAGGAUCCUCGUGAGGAGCCCGAAACAGUCGCCGAACUGAAGCCCCCUAUGGGAUCCGAGGAUCGACAUGAGGAGGUUCGCAAACAAGGCUGGACAGAUCGUGUGGCCAUCAAGUAUGACGAAGUCGCUCGCAAUGAGGACUACGAAUGGGCUGGAGGUGCCAAUCGCUACGAAUGGGCCGGUGAAGAAGGAGAUAUUGGCCCCCGCAAUGAAGAGCUCGAAGAGCAGCUUUUCAAAAAUAUCAACCUCUCACGCGUGGGACAUCGAAUUGAAGAGUACAAAAAGAUCCAAGUCACUUUCGAGAGUGAAGAGCGCAUUUACCCAACAGCAUCUUGGGAGGCCGCGAAACUUCACCCUGUGUUGAUUGAGAAUCUGACGCUUUGCCUCUACCAGCACCCGACUCCAAUUCAGUGCUAUGUGAUUCCAUCUGUCCUCAGUGGGAAAGAUGUUAUUGGGAUUGCACAGACUGGCUCUGGCAAAACCGGUGCUUUUCUUAUCCCCAUUCUCUCACAGCUAAUGGGAAAGGCAAAGAAGCUGGCCGCGCCGCGUCCAAAUGUGUCCGACCCAAAUUUCGAUCUUAAGAGCCAGGGUGUUCGUGCUGAACCCCUUGUUCUUAUUGUUUGUCCAACUCGCGAGUUGGCUACUCAAAUCUUUGACGAGGCUCGUCGAUUGUGCUAUCGCUCUAUGCUGCGCCCCUGUGUUGUCUAUGGUGGCGCUCCGUCCAGGUAUCAACGAGAUGAGCUCCGAAAGGGAUGCGACAUCUUGAUCGGUACAACUGGCCGAAUUACAGACUUCAUGUCCCAGCCCAAUGUCUUGUCUCUUCGUCGAGUCCGUUACACUGUGAUCGACGAGGCAGAUGAGAUGCUCCAAUCGGACUGGGAGGAUGAAUUCAAGAAGAUUAUGUCGGGUGGCGAUGUCAACGAGGAUGAGGAUCAUCGCUACCUGAUGUUCUCGGCGACCUUCAAUAAGCAAUGCCGAAAGCUGGCUCGCGAGUAUCUGUCGACUGACCAUAUUCGAAUUCGAGUUGGUCGUCCCGGCAGCUCGCAUCUCAAUGUUUCCCAGGUCAUCCACUUUGUGGAAGAUCGGGCCAAGAAACGCGCCGUUUUUGACCUGCUUCUGAGCAUGGUUCCCAUUCGCACCUUGAUCUUCGCGAACAACAAGACCACUGUCGACUAUCUGGACGAUUACCUCUACAACUCGGGCCUGCCAACUACCUCCAUCCAUUCGGAUCGGACCCAGCGCGAGCGUGAGGAUGCAAUUCGCUCCUUCAAAAUUGCGGAAUGUCCUAUCUUGAUUGCCACGGGCGUUACUGCUCGCGGUCUUGAUAUCGCUAACGUGAUGCAUGUCAUAAACUAUGAUCUUCCGACCACUACUCAUGGUGGUAUCACUGAGUAUGUCCACCGAAUCGGACGAACUGCGCGCAUUGGAAACGAGGGCAUUGCGACCUCUUUCUACAAUGAACGGAAUGAGGACCUCGGACCCGAUCUCGUCAAGAUUCUCUUGGAGUGCAAGCAGACUGUUCCCGAUUUCCUGGAGCAUUUCACUCCCUCCGAGGGGAAGCUUACCUUUGACGAUGAUGUGACCGACGACGAGGACAACAACGAGAAUGAGGACGCUGGUCAAGAGGAGGAAAGUGCUGAGAAUGCCGCGACCACUGAGGAUCAUUCCCUCUACGCUGCCUCCGAAGGCGAUCCCAUUCCACCGCCCCCUGAGGAGGCUCCUGAGGAUGCUAACUGGUAG